AUGGCCUCCCUCGCUGGCCCCGUCCGUAAGAAGCGCAACUUCAAGGCUCUGCAGCUCGAUGUCUCCAAACCCCCUACGCCAGAACCAGAGCCUGCACCUACUCGGCUCGCUCCUGCCCCUGGCGGUGCAGCAAGCAAAAAGCGGCCGCCCCCAAUGACUCUCAAGGCCCCCAAGGUUGCUCCUACCACUGAGGCCGAGGGAGGAAUUUUGACCGUCAAUGGUGCCAACUCUGCCCCACCCACUGCCACCGCUUCCGCAACGCGUUCAUCGUACCACAACACGCUCUCCUCCACUCUCGCCAAGCUCGACCGCAACUCCGAGACCAACUUUGACCUACGCAAUGAGGACCUUAAGGAUAUGCAGGAACUCGGCCAAGGCAACGGGGGGAGUGUCAAGAAGGUCGAGCACGCUCCUACGGGUACCAUCAUGGCAAAGAAAAUCGUCCUAAUCGACGCGAAGCCCUCCGUUCGCAAGCAGAUCCUGCGCGAGCUCCAGAUCAUGCACGACUGCAACUCCGUCCACAUCAUCUCUUUCUACGGUGCCUUCAUCUCCGACCCCAACAUCUGCAUCUGCAUGGAGUACAUGGAUAAGGGCUCCCUUGACGGCAUUUACAAGAAGAUCGGCCCGAUUGACAUCGACGUCAUCGGCAAGGUCGCGCUCGCUGUCCUCGAGGGUCUCACUUACCUCUACGACGUCCAUCGCAUCAUCCACCGAGACAUCAAGCCCUCCAACAUCCUCUUCAACUCGCAGGGUCAAAUCAAAAUCUGCGACUUUGGCGUGUCGGGCGAGCUCAUCAACUCGAUCGCGGACACGUUCGUCGGCACGUCCACGUACAUGAGCCCCGAGCGCAUACAGGGUGCACAAUACACCGUCAAGUCGGACGUGUGGUCGCUCGGCAUCUCCCUGAUCGAGCUCGCGCUCGGGCGCUUCCCCUUUGCGGACUCAUCCUCGGACGACUCGGACCUGUCCGACUUUGAGGGCACGCUCUCGCCCAGCCGACCUGCGCCCGCGCCCCUCCCCGCGCGGACGAAGGAGCAGAAGGACAAGAAGAAGAAGCGGAAGAGCAAGGGCGUCAGCCUGCAGGGCGGCGGAAUGACAAUGAGCAUUCUCGAGCUCCUCCAGCACAUCGUGAACGAGCCCGCGCCCCGACUCGCCCCCGAGGGCCGCUUCCCGAAGGAGGCGGAGGAGUUUGUGGACAGUUGCCUUCUCAAGGACCCGGAGCAGCGCAAGACGCCAAAGGACCUCCUGAAAUCCUCAUGGGUAGAGCACUCGCGGACAUCGACGAUCGACCUCGAGGCGUGGGCCUCGACGUUCUGA